UAUUAGCUAUGAACAUGUCACCUCAGCAGAGUGAGCGCACACUAUAAUGACACAGAUUUACAGCUGACAAAUGGCGGGACAACUUUGGACCCUGCCUGUUCCAAUCACAAUAAACCGAGAGCAGAACCAUGAACCGCGCCUGUCCAUGUCUCUCUCUCUCUAGGAGCUGUGAGAAUUCAUAAUAAAGACAUUGAUGUCUGUGAGAGAAGUAUCCGCCUCCGCCCCACCUUCCUGCUGCUACAUGGGAGGGGACAGGUGCAGAGUGAAAUGAGGGAAGCAAGGAAGCCAGGCUUGUGUUACUGGUGUAGCAUCAGGAGCUGUGCCCAUUGCUGGCAGCCAUUCCAACAGGAAAGACAGGCAGAGCAGCCAGGGCUGGGGCAGGGAUACAGUGGAACUAGUUUGGAGUAGGAACCACCAGUUCACACGCUAAGAGACCCGCACCUCCUGCCUUGCUCCCGUGCACUGCCUUUGUCUUGUGAUCAGCUGGGACUCAGCCUGGGGGUCUCACUCAUCAUGGGGCUGACACUGACAUCCACAGGGACUUCCCUUCUCACCUUCUGCCUAUUUCUCACCCUGCCAGUUGCUGUGUUUACAGACACCUGUGAGAAAGUGAAACUGCAUGUACCUUCUGUAAUCUAUUCUGGACAUCUGAUCGGCAAAGUAAAUCUUCGGCAUUGUUUGAAUUCAGAUACAUUUAUCGUUCAGUCAAGUAAUCCUGAUUACUUCAUUUUGGAAAAUGGGUCGAUUUAUGCAGAAAAACGUAUUUCAUUGGCUGGCAAAACGUGGUUUACAAUUCGACUCGUGGACACCGUGACUUCGAAUGAGAAAAAAAUUAGAGUUAAACUGAUCACCAAAGCAAAGACUGCUAAAACAAGAUAUGCAAGAGAGGUACUGAGACGUUCCAAACGGAGAUGGGCCCCUCUACCAUUUUCUAUCAUGGAAGGCUAUAUUGGACCAUUCCCAUGUUUUGUACAACAGAUCCAGUCUGACACACAGGAGAACUAUACUGUCAAAUACUCCAUAUCCGGACCUGGAGUAAAUGAAGAACCAGUUGGCUUGUUCUACGUUGAGCCCCAAACUGGAAAUAUAUUUUAUACCAGACAAAUUGAUCGUGAGAGGUAUCCAGUUUUUAGAUUAACUGGCUUUGCAAAAACUGUGGAUGGCUAUUCCCCAGAAGCUCCUUUAAAUAUAGUAAUCAAAGUUGAAGACAGCAAUGAUAAUCCACCCAUAUUUGUAGAAGAAGCAUUUUGUAUUGAAGUUCCUGAACACACAAAACAAGGUGUAAUAGUAGGAAGAGUCAAGGCCAAUGACAAGGAUGAACCCAAAACCCUGCACAGUAUCCUCAGAUACUCUAUUAUUUCUCAGACUCCUCCAUCGCCUGUGAUGUUUGCUCUUCAUCCAGAAACCGGGAUUAUCACUACAACCUCAAACAGACUUGAUAGAGAGCUCUCAGAUUCUUACGUCCUUCUCAUUGACGUUCGGGAUAUGCCUGGACAGCGUUCAUAUUUGUCUUCGACUGGAACAGUAUCCAUAACCAUUACUGAUGUCAAUGACAAUCCACCAAUUUUUGUACAAAAGUCUUACCAGGUAGAAGUUAAUGAAAAUGAAAGUGGAAUGAUCAUCUUAUGUAUACCCAUAAAUGACAAUGACCUUCCCGACUCUCCCAGCUCGAGGGCAAAGUAUUACAUCACUCAGGGAAAUGAACGAGAAUAUUUCAGUAUAAGUACAAAUCCAGAAACCAACGAGGGAUGUCUCAUGGUUGAAAAGGGACUAAAUUAUGAGGAAACAAAAAGGAUUCAAAUACUGGUCGGAGUCACUAACGAAGUUGAUGUUAUAAACUAUUCAGGAGUAAAAAGUACUGGCAUGAGCACCAUCCCUGUCAUCAUAACUGUUAAAGAUGUAGAUGAAGGACCCGAGUUCAUACCAAAUAUCAGAGAAAUAAGAGUUAAAGAAAACACACCGGUAGGAACGGAAAUAUAUAGAUGUCAAGCAAGAGACCCAGAAACAAAGAACAGCGAUGGCAUACAGUUUACAAAACAGUCCGAUACUCUUAACUGGGUGAAUAUUGAUGCAGCAACCUGUCGGAUAACAAUGGCAAAAGUCCUGGAUUAUGAAUCAGAUAAUCACCAGAAUACUGUGAUUAUCGUUGCGGUAGAUCAGAGUGGCAAGACGGGCACUGGAACACUUAUAAUAAACCUGGAAGAUGUUAACGAUAACUAUCCAAGUAUUAUAAACAGGGAUGGAACUAUUUGCCAAAAUGGCAAGACCUAUAAUCUGCUCGUGGCUGAAGACCGAGAUGGAGCCCCUAAUACUGCACCUUUCAUAUUCAGAAUUGAUUCUACCAAUGACCCCACUCUGCAAAAUCAGUUUCAAAUAGAAAGAGUUAAUGAUACAUCCGUUAAUAUAAGAGCCGAUGGUGUUCCAGAGGGAAAUUACCAAAUUCCAAUAAUCAUUUCAGAUCAACAAGGCUAUGGCCAAACACAGAUAGUUAAUAUUAGAAAAUGCACUUGCGCUGAUAAUAUUAACUGUUCUGGUGGAUCCAGAUUUCCCAACUUUGCCGCUCUUGGUGGAUGGGCUAUUCUAGUGAUAGUUCUGGCUGCAUUACUCUUUGCUCUGUUCUUAUGUGGUUUGUGUGCUUGCCUGUGCGGUGCUGCAGCUACCAAGGGGAAAAAAAGUUUUCCUGAUGAUUUAGCUCAACAGAAUCUAAUUGUAACCAACAGUGAGGCACCAGGAGCAGAUGUGAUGGAUUCAAAUUUCAAAGUUCCUGUUCAUGUGACAAAUGCUCAUGUCAGUGGAAAUGCUCCGUCUAUCUCAGGUGGCAAAGGCCAAGGAGGACAAAGUGGAAGCCAGGUUACAAAACAAACUAUCUAUAGGAAAAGCACAGGGCAGCUCAUCACUCCAGAGGAUAGCCGAGGUGGCCUUAAUUCUAUGGGAGGAGGGCAGCAGUUCCUUGAUGCAAACAGAGUAAACUAUACAGAAUGGCACAGUUUCAUGAACAACCAUCUUGAUGAUAAAUUAUACAUGUGUGGACAGAGUGAGGAGCAACAACGUGGAGACGAUUAUGUUCUGUCCUACAACUUUGAAGGAAAAGGGUCAGCGGGAGGAUCUGUUGGCUGCUGCAGUGAUUUUCGAGAUGAGGACAAAAUGGACUUUUUAAAUCAUUUAGAGCCAAAGUUCAGGACAUUAGCAGAAGUCUGUGCAAAAAAGUAAACGUUUUGCCAAAUAUUGAGGAAACAACUAUACAUCAUUUAAUUCCUGUACAUACAGUAACCUAAAAAGUAUGUGGUUUCUUUAGUUUACCAUCCACGAAAAAAAGAUUCAGCUGAAUUAAAGGGGAAUUCAGCAUUUUAUCAAGUCUGACCAAUCUUAUUUCCCAGAACUGCAUUUUAGAGAUUAAAGGGGAAGUUAACCAAACACAUAGUAAACCCUUUGCUUUCCUUUUCUACUUCUCUUAACAAGAAACUAAAAAAAAAACUGUUAUCUGGUUUAUGGAGGGAAGUGACAAUGAUGUUAGGAAGCAGAAUGCACAGCUAGAUUUUUAUUCACCUUUUUAUUCAGGCUAUUCCUUGUCCACGGCAAGCACAACAUGUACGUUAGUUUUAUCCAGUGCUACCCACAUUCACAGAAUCGGGCAAAACCAAACACUUUUUCAAUGAUGGUAUCAGUUUAAUAUAGAUGAAAAAUAAUUAAUAUUAAAAUACACAUAGGGUUACCUGCUCUAGUAAAAAUGAUAUCAUGUAAAUGAAAGGGAAAGGUAGAGGUGUGCGGUGCCAGAGAUGAGCAUCUCAAAUCAUUUGGGGGUGCCUAAAACGUGUCCCUCCUAGACCCUCUCUUUCCUCUCUUUUUAUAGCAGUUAAAUCUGCUGUACAGGUUUUACUAUAAGCACGUUCCACAUAAUUUGUUUAGAAUACAGUUGUUUUUUGUUAUUUAAGUACUGAUAAAUGGCAAUCAGGUGUCAUUCAUGGCUGUCUACACUUGCAUAGUGACAAACAUCGUUAUAUUAUAUUAGACUGUUGCUGCCAUUAAGAUUUUUAUUUGAAUUUACUGCGCUACAUUUUCUAAAUGUACAUAAAGUAUUUUCGGUUUUUGGUGUUAUUGACCCACUACUGCUCUGCUGACAGUGAUCCGAUCCUGAUAGCAUUUGAAAUCGCAAGCUGCAGAAGCCAAAGAUAAUUGGAAACCACAGAAAUGACCAAUUGCAAAUUGUUCUAGACUAUCAUUAAGUAAACCAUUCAUCACAUUUACUGCAAACUUUACUUUUAGUCCUCUGCAGCUGCUAGUAGCAGCCACCAAAGUGCCUAUUGUACCUUAGCUCCUGUACUAUGGUACAUACUCAGACCUUUACAGCUCACAUCUAACUGUAUAUACUGUUAGUAAAUCACUCUACACUGCUUGCAUGUUUCACAAUGUCCCUGCUAAACUGGCACUGAGCACAUUGUUAGCAGGGGCUGGUUAAAAAGAACGUCCUUUUAUGGUGCGUAUUCUCUUUAUUUCUUGAAACCGGCACGUCUUCUUUGUAAAAGUGUAAAUAACGUUUUGUAACCAUCCUUCCUCGUGUUGGCAUGAUGUGCUGAUUUGCAGUGUUUAAAAUUUGUUCAAUGUAAAAUAUUUGGAAGAAUUUCAGGUAACUCUUUUCUGUACAUGCCCUUUUCUGUUGGUGAGCUUUACAUAGUUGGUUAAGUUAUAGAGUAUUGAUGUACAUUGUCUUAGGUUUUAAAUAUUGCAGUGCUUUACUGAUGUUUCGCAGCUCGCUUGUUCUUCAGUUUAGUUUAUUUACGGAGUCUCAUCUGUCUUUGCAUCUGCUUGUCUUUUGUUUUCUUCCCAAUGUUCUAAAAUGCUUAAAGGUCUAACUUCUUAAUGUUUAUUCUUGUGUCAAUACUGCUCGUGCUUUGUCAGAGCCAUUCAAAGGAAAGGCUUCAUGCACUUUGGGAUGGCAUAUGUUAGGCACCCAAACUGAUUGUAUUGACUUACCUGAAACCCUGGGCCGGUGCUCCUAUAAGCUCCAGCUUGUGGUUAUUCCAGCAAGCACCACGGAUCGAUCAUCUUCCGUCUUGCUCUUUCUUCGGGGCUGGGCAUGUGCAGUAGAACGAAGAGCCGAACUUUAACUAAAAAGUCGCCUAUUUUGUUCAACUGCACAUGCAUCUGCCCCUGGAAAUUUGAAGAAAGAAGAAGACGGAAGAAGGUCGAUCCGUGGUGCUGACUGGUAUAACCCCAGGCUGGUGCAGUUUUCUGCUAAUAGGAGCAUUAGCCCGGGAUUUCAGGUAAGUCAAUACGAUCACUUGGGGGUGCCUAACAUUUGGUGCCUAACAGUCCCCAUUUGCAGACCGGGAAGACAAAAUGUGGCAUGGGUAAGGUUUGUUAUAGUCUGGAGGUUAGUCUGAUUUAACUGGACAUUAUGGAGGAGGACCAGUGUAGCCCAAGCUGUCUCAACACGACCUGCAGCUGCUAUAAGCUAUACUGUGCACUUUCAGAUUGAAACCCACACCCCACAUAGUGUUGACAGGGAGUCUAGAAAUAAAAUAUUUACUAAAGCUUAAAAUAUUUGUGUAGUUAACUCUGAUCCCUUUCCAGUAAUGCUCAAAUAAACAUACCCCGGUGACUGAUCAGUUACAGGAUUGCUUUGUGAUCAUGAAUUUUUAGGAUACCCCCCUCCAAGAAUAGUUCUACAACUCCAUGCCAUUGUUUUUUCUGUAAACGCUUUUGGGUGGUGGGUGAGCUUGUAUUUUGUUCUUAUUAAAACUGAAUUUGUGACAUCUCCAGCCAUGUUUUAUAAAAUGCUGGAUUUGUAUUUAACCAUGUUUAAUUAGACAUUUAAUUAUUAUUCUACAAUUAAAACAGCAUCAAAACCACAUUCUUUUCUAGGCUUUCUAAAUUAAAAAAGCUAUUGCCAUCUAAGUUCAGUGAUGACGGCAAAUUCGAACAACAUUAGCAAGUGGAAAUAGUUGUAUUACCUGCAUUAAUUCUCCAUCUGCAAAAAUACUAAGCCAACAUAUGCAACAUUUUAACAGUAUUUUAAAUAAAAAAAAAACUUUUUUCUAGAAACAAUAUUUAUAUUUGCCAUAGUCUCCUAACAAGUGAACCAAAAACUUUCCCCACCUCCUUCCUAUUAACAUAUACAAACGUAGCUUCUACAGCUUAAAGACACAAGUGCAAAUUGGGUCAGAUUUAGAAGUGAUCCAAUUUCCUUUAGAUCUGCAAUUACCCUAUAUGCUAUAAAUAUAGAUCUUAUUGUGGUUCUUUAGCAGCCUAUACCAAUUCCCUGCCCUCUGAUCUUGCCACACUGCAAGCACAAUGGAAACCUAAAAUCUAUGGCGCCAGCAUUCAGGUGCUUGAGAGCCAGUGCCAUAGAUUGCAUGAAAUACAGCAGGCAAGCACCUCAAUAUUAACAUUUUCUACCUUGUUGUAAUUUGCUGUCUCUUUCUAUUAGCUCCUUUGCAAAUCAGGUGCGUAAUUACAAGAAGCUGUUUCACUCAAAAUCCGGUGUUUUUGGAGGAGGGGAGAAAAUUCAUCUGCUAGAAUUUAGGUGCUGGGAAUCACACUUCAACAUCAACAAAUGUUGAAAGGUCUCAUUAACUGUUUAAACAUGAAAGAAUUUCCUCCUGAAAAGUCGGUUUAUAAAGACCUAUUUAUUGCAAAAUGCUUUAAUUAUCUCAAUUACUUUUUUUUUAUGUCAUAUCUUUUUGUAGAGCAUUUUAAAGGGCAAAUUGUCGGGCCAGUUUUAACCAUAGCGUGCAAUAUUUGCCUUUGUUGUAAAAACGUCCACAUUUUGUAUUGAAAACAUUGGCAAACCUAUUCAGGUGAUGAUCACAAUGUCGCAUGUAAAGGAUCAGUGACCAGACACAUGAAUGCCCCCGUUUUUAAUCCAUUUAUUAAGACAAGUUCUUAAAAAAAACAUAUCUGGGCUUCCAUUAUCCAAUGUGAUCACUUUCUUUAAAACCAAAUCAAUCUAAAACUUUGGCCCAAGCAGCAGGUCAUUCUUACCCAUCAUAAGUCUUGUGUGCAUUUACACUUAUAGAAGCUGUUCUGAAUAUAUCGUUAACUGUAGGUGUCUUUAUUUUUAUUUUAAAGGUUGCCAAAGACAAACAUGAUAGAGAGAAAAUUGAUAAUGAAAGAAUAAAUGAAUGUUUCUAUGUAGAAUUGCACUGCAGUAUUUUUAAAUAAUAAAGACUCAAGGGUUGUGUAA